AAUGCCGGUAGAAGGAAAGAGGACUGAAAUUUCUCUGCAAUUUAGGGUUAUGGUUGAUUCAUCUCCCUUUUUGAACAACAAUCCAAGAGAAGGAAUCGUUGUUCAUGGAAGAAUCUAGCAAUCAAGCAAGCAUCGAUCGUCUGCGUCUUCAAUCUCAUCUCUUCGUAUCUGGAUUCUAUUGUUGGGACUGGGAAUUCCUCACAGCUCUCUUGCUCUUUAGUUCUUCUUCGAUCCUCUUAGAUCCGAUCCGAUCUGUUUGAUUCUUUUGUGAUAAUAUUUGAUUUAUCAUUUCGAAAUUUGUACAUAGAUAAUUGAUUUGGCGGACGGUUGGUGGAAAUGGUGCAGAGGUCUACUCCGUCGCCGUUUUUGAUGAAGACGUAUCAGUUAGUUGAUGAUCGGAGCACAGACGACGUCGUUUCAUGGAACGAUAGCGGUACGGCGUUCGUGGUAUGGAACAUUGCUGAUUUCGCUGAGGAUUUGCUGCCUAAAUACUUCAAGCAUAACAAUUUCUCUAGUUUCGUUCGACAACUUAACACUUAUGGUUUCAAGAAAAUCGUUCCCGACAAAUGGGAAUUUGCCAACGAUAAUUUCAAAAAAGAACAAAAAUCACUCCUCAUCGAUAUUCGUCGACGCAAAGUCGUGACAUCUCCUACCCAAGACCGGAAAAUCGCUCGGGAGGGAGGUCUUUUGCCACCAUCCCCCUCGAACUCCGGCUCCACCUCCUCCUCGAGCCCCGAUUCCAAGAAUCUUGGAUCAAUCGAACCAUCCAACGUUCCGCAAUUUGCAUACUUGUCAAUGGAAAACAAAAAAUUAAAGAAAGAUAACAAAAUGCUCAGCUCAGAGCUCGCUCAAACAAAGAAACAAUUGGACGAGCUAGUCGCGUUCAUGAUGGAACACGGUAAGGUUGCACCGGACCAGAUAAAUCGAAUCAUCUAUAAUCAAGGAAGUUACGAUGGUUUGGAUGAUCGGGCCUUGACUAGGGAGAAUAGCAUGGUGGGGGACGAGGAGGGGGGAGGAGAUUGUAAUUUGAAGUUGUUCGGAGUGUGGGUAAAGAGGGACGAGAGAAAGAGGGGGCGAGAUGAAAUGUUGGGAUGUGUCGCAGAGACGAGGGGAAAGGAAACGAAGGAGAGUGUUGAAUUUGAGGCGCCGUGGAUGAAGAUCUUGUCGUCGCCAAGUAAGGUUUGUAAUUGAUGAUGAUUUGAAUUUGAGAUGGAUGAAUAUAGUGAUGUACAUUGUCACUUAGAUCAUCAUAUGGGUUUUUAAUAAAUUGUAAAGAUUAGCA